AUGUCGCACCGCGGCGCGAGACGCGCGCUCGCGGCCGCGCUCGCCGCGUCGAUACCCGCGACCGCGCGUCCCGUCGCGGACGCCGCCGGCGCGCGCGUCGUUCGCGCGAGACGCGCGUCGACGCUCGAGACGAGCGGCGCGCGUCGUCGCCCCGAGCCAUCAUCAUCGCGCGUCGGCGGCGUCGCGCUCGCCUCCGCGGCGGCGGCCGCCGCCGCCGCCGCCGCCGCCGCGGCCGCCGCCGCCGCCUCUCCCGCGGACUGCCGCGAGUGCGUCGCGAUCGGCUCGCUGCCGUACGACGCCGCGGAGCGCGUGCAGGGAUGGCUAUUCGCCGCGGGCGCGAGCCUCCAUCGCGUGGAGAUCCGCCCGAUCGACGCGGGCGCGUCGGGCGGGCACGCGGAGGACCACGGCUUCGGGCUCUUCGUGAAGAAGAACGAGGACGACGCGAAGAACGCGGAGGAGAGCGAGACUCAGAAAACGUCGAGCGCCGCCGGCGCCGCCGCUUGGCUCUUCGGCGGCGGCGCGAAGCCCGUCGUCCUCGCGUCCGUGCCGAUGCGACUCGCCGUCUCCGCGGACGCCGCCGCGAAUCACGACACGCCCGCGGGCGCCGUCUUCCGCGAGAUGCUCGAGUCGGGGGAGAUCGACGAGAGGCUCGCGGUGAUGCUCCUGCUCAUCGUCGAGCGUCGCCGCGGCGAGGGGUCGCCCAUCAAGGCGUACGUCGACGCGCUGCCAAAGCCGGGCGAGCACAAGACGCCGCUGUUCUACGACGCGAACGAGAUGAAAGCGCUGCGGGGCACCAACUUGCACCGCGCGGUGAGCGCGCAGAGGCGGCGGCUCGCGAGCGUUCUGAAGGACAGCGCGAUCCCCGCGGGGAAGAAGUUGAUGAGAGCGGUGGCGUCGCACGUCCCGCCCGAGGAGAGGGAGAAGAAGACGGGAGGGGGAUGGUUACCCUGGUGGCUCGGGGGCGGAAACGGAAAGCGAGAUUUAAGGCGUCGACGCGCGACGAAACCGUCCGCGAAGCCGAUCACGAUGGACGAGUUCCUCUGGGCGUACGCGACGUUCUGGUCCAGAGCGCUCGCGCUGCCGAUCGGCCCGGACCCUGAAGCGUCCGGCGCGGUCGAGGCCAUCGUCCCCGGGAUAGACUUCGCGAACCACUCGUGCGCGAGACCCAACGCGCGGUGGGCCGUCGCGAACGCUUCGGGAAGAGAAGGCGCGACCGCGGGGGAGCCGACGGUGACGCUCGAGUGUUUGAGCGUCCCGGGGCCGGGGGAGGAGGUGUUGAUAUCCUACGGAGAUAAACCGAACGAGGAGCUGCUCUUCGUGCACGGGUUCGCGGAGAGGGAGAACCCGCACGACGCGCUCGUGUUGCAUCCGCAUUGGAUGAAGCACGCGGACGACGACGACGACGGCGGCGGCGGCGGCGGCGGCGGACCCGGGAAGAAGACGUUCGACGAGACGACGGCGGAGGGCCGGGCCGCCGCGGAGCUCGACGCGGAGGUCAGAGGCGCGCGGCUGACGCUGAGCCGCGUCCGCGGGAUCCCGCUGCAGGUGAUCCUUCCUCAACACCCGCCGCCGGGGGGGUUGAAGGAUCUUCCGACGGACGUCGUGCGGACGUUGGAGGUGUGGGGGUUCACGCCGGAAGCGCUCGAGGCGGAGCUCCACGCGUCCUUCGGCGGCGCGAUCGAGGGAAACGAAGAGGCGGCGAAGGCGGGGGGGGUGCGCGGCCGGCCAGACGCGGCGGCGCGGAAAACGGCCGCGAUCGAGGGGUUAAAGCUCGCGCUGGAAGCGCAGAACGCGAGGAUGGACGCCGCGACCGGGAUGGGCGGCGGCGGCGGCGGCGGCGCGGAGACGUCGGCGCCGGCGGGGAGCCGAAAAGCCAUCGCGGCGGCGGUCGCCGCGGCGAGCUCGCGGAGGGUCGACGAGGUCGUCGCCGCGGACCCGCUCGCGCCCGCGGUCGCGAGGCAGGCUGCGGUGUAUCGAAGCGGCGUCGCGAGGAUGACGAGGCGGUACGUGGACGAGGUGAGCAAGUGGCGAUGA